AAAUAAAUUUGUAAGAUUUAACUGCAUAAUAACGUUGCCUUGGAUACUUUUUGAUUGUUUGAAUAGUGGAAUACAAACAUUAUCCUCUGAAAUUAUUUGAGUGUUAAAAAGUUUUAAAAAUUUUGAUUUAAUUACGAACCUAAAAAGGCUAAAUAUACAGAAAAAUGAAUUCGAACUAUAAAAAUGUUGGUGCGACAAAGGGAACUCAAAUUAUGUGGCCCAGUGCACGUAUUCCGCAGGGUGGUCUCUUUCAUUCACCAAAAGUGGAGUACAGUAAGGAGACAGCUGAGUUGGUACAACUACUUAUGCGGGAGUCCAGAAUGUCGAUGUUAAUGCGCGAUAAAAUUAAUUACCAUUUGCGUAAUGGAGAGCCUUUACCGAAGCCAACACCACCACCACCAAUUGAUACAUCAGUAGAUCCAGAUGAGAAUGCUCUCGAAAUCUUGCGUCGUGCUCGAAAUGCAAAACGAAAGAGCUUGCAACAAAUUAUGGCCAGUGGGGUUUAUGAGAUGCCAAAUUAUCGUCCUCGUCCUACCAAUCGUAAACCAAAUGAAAAGGCUAAAUUUCAGUUACAGGAAGCAAUGUCUGGAUUAAGUCUUUCGGAAACUGUGUUGAAACCUAAGAAGCAACCUAAAAAUGAGGAAUGUACAACAUCAGAAAAUAUAAUUGAUGAAAUACUGAAGCAAAUCAACGAUCGAGCUGAAUGGUUAGCAGAAAUGGAGCAGCUUGGAGAGGGUGAGAAAUAUCGUGAUGAAAUCCGUUCACAAAUUGCUGAUCGCUUACGUAAAAUAAAACGUCUUCAAGAAAGAAAGCAUUUAGAAAAACUUGGAGCUCGCUAUGUUGAUUGAUUCAAAAAUAAAUUCUCACUUAUUUUUUACUGCCAAUUUUCUUCAAAUUUUUCUGCAAAACUAAACAUUAA